AUGUCUCCUUCCAGCGUCAUGGAUCGUGAGCACCCUUAUGUAUUUCUCGAAAUUCCCCCCGAAGUCCCGUUUGAGCUCAAGCCAGCUGGUGAAAAAGGCUGGGGAGGCUUCGCAACCCGUUUCAUCGCCCGAAACUCCCUCAUCUACCAGGAACCCGCACUCUUCACCCUCCAUCUGACCAUGACCCAGCAAGUCAACGACUCGGCCGUCCUCCAAGCCGUCAAAAACUUAUCCAAGAAUGACAAGCAAAAAUUCAAUCUCCUCCAUGAAGCCAGUAUUCUACAGGGAAAUGACAAUGUCUCAGAACUCUUCAUCACCAAUUACUUCGCCCUCGCCAUUCCCAGCCACAAGCACCGGGAGCUCUACCAACCCAAUCUUCUUGGAUUCUUCGUCUUCAUCUCUCGGCUCAAUCAUUCGUGCGUGGCAAAUGCCUAUGUUCCACAGAACAUGAGGAAGACAAUCAGUUGCUACGCUGCAAGAGACAUCCAGCCCGGCGAGGAGAUUACUUUCUCGUAUUGUGGAGAAUUUCCAAAUAUGUGUCGAGAUCGUCGUCAUGGUCUUUUGGACUUCAUCUGUCAUUGUCCUGCUUGUGUCCCGGGGACUAGGUUUUAUGAAUUGAGCGAGAUGCGUCGCCAGCUGAUUCGAGGUCUGCACUAUCUCCUACUUGGUUUGGAUCUAGCCUCGUCUCGUCGGGGUGGUCCGUCCAUGAUCAUUACUGAUCCGGAACUUCGUGAUAAUGCCGAGAAGUUGAAUAUUCCGCUGAUGUCGCGGCUGUUUUAUGAAUCCAUGGUUGGAUUGAUGCUCGAGGAGGAAGGGAUCAUGAACGGACUGACUUCGGAGUACAUUACCAAUCGGAUGAGUCAGAUGGCUGAGUAUUUGGCAGAAAAGUCGAACGUUCUUGCUGCCAGGAAGAUCAUGGAGCAGGAUCGCUGGAUGGACCGGUGGUUGUUGGCGAGUCGGACGUUUGGCGUACGGGAUCGGGGCGAUUGGGAUGCGUGUGCCACUCUUCAGUUGAUUCGGGCUGCUAAUAGGCCUUGA